CGCGCCGGACCCCGGCGGAGCUGACGAGCGGGCAGGCUUGGGGCUGGGCGGUGGAGUCGGCGGCUUUGCCCAGCGGGGUGGGUGAGAGUCGCGAGGCGGCCCUGAGUUCCGGAGUGAGAGCCGUGCAUCUGAGAACGCGGGGAAAGCGGCGCGCGGAGUCGGGAGCAGGGCCGAGGCGGCGCGGCUGCCGGCUGGAUGGGAAGUUAAUGUUUACGGCGAAGUCCACCCAACGUUUCCAAGGUGGCGACAGACAAGGUUGCAGAAAAGCUGAGUUCUACUCUCUCAUGGGUGAAGAACACAGUUUCGCAUACAGUCAGUCAGAUGGCCAGUCAGGUGGCAAGUCCAUCUGCUUCAUUACACACUACAUCCUCAUCUACCACACUGUCAACACCAGCCCUUUCACCGUCUUCCCCAUCACAGUUGAGUCCAGAUGACUUGGAACUCCUGGCUAAACUGGAGGAACAAAAUAGAUUAUUAGAGACGGAUAGUAAGUCUUUAAGAUCUGUAAAUGGGUCAAGAAGAAAUAGUGGCUCCUCUCUUGUAUCAAGUUCAUCAGCCUCCAGUAAUCUCAGCCACCUUGAAGAAGAUUCUUGGAUUCUUUGGGGAAGAAUUGUUAAUGAAUGGGAAGAUGUGCGCAAAAAGAAGGAAAAACAAGUUAAGGAACUUGUUCGUAAAGGAAUACCCCACCAUUUUAGAGCGAUAGUUUGGCAACUUUUAUGCAGUGCACAAAGUAUGCCAAUUAAGGAUCAGUAUUCAGAACUCCUGAAAAUGACCUCACCUUGUGAAAAACUGAUCCGGAGGGACAUUGCUAGAACUUAUCCUGAACAUAAUUUUUUUAAGGAAAAAGAUAGCCUUGGACAGGAGGUUCUAUUCAAUGUGAUGAAGGCAUAUUCUUUAGUGGAUCGUGAGGUUGGUUACUGUCAAGGAAGUGCUUUUAUAGUUGGAUUAUUGCUUAUGCAGAUGCCAGAAGAAGAAGCUUUCUGUGUAUUUGUUAAAUUAAUGCAAGAUUAUAGACUUCGUGAACUUUUUAAACCAAGUAUGGCAGAAUUGGGCCUUUGUAUGUACCAGUUUGAAUGCAUGAUACAGGAGCAUCUUCCAGAGCUCUUUGUACACUUUCAGUCUCAGAGUUUUCAUACCUCAAUGUAUGCAUCAUCCUGGUUUCUGACUAUCUUUCUUACAACUUUUCCAUUACCAAUUGCAACACGGAUAUUUGAUAUCUUUAUGUCUGAGGGUUUAGAAAUAGUGUUUCGAAUAGGAGUAGCACUUCUUCAAAUGAAUCAGGCAGAAUUAAUGCAACUUGACAUGGAAGGAAUGUUACAGCACUUUCAGAAGGUCAUUCCACAUCAGUUUGAUGGUAGUCCAGAUAAACUAAUCCAAGCAGCUUACCAAGUCAAAUACAACUCAAAAAAAAUGAAAAAGCUUGAAAAGGAAUACACUACAAUAAAAACUAAAGAAAUGGAAGAGCAAGUUGAAAUUAAAAGGUUACGCACAGAAAAUAGACUUUUAAAACAGCGCAUUGAAACGUUAGAAAAAGAAAGUGCUUCCUUGGCAGAUAGAUUGAUACAGGGACAAGUGACAAGAGCCCAGGAGGCUGAGGAAAACUACCUCAUAAAACGGGAGUUGGCCACCAUCAAACAGCAGAGUGAUGAGGCCAGUGCUAAGCUGGAGCAAGCUGAAAAUACCAUCAGGAAGCUCCAGCACCAACAACAAUGGCAUAAAUGCAGUUCCAACUACAAUGAAGAUUUUGUGCUACAGCUGGAGAAGGAAUUGGUCCAAGCCCGACUGAGUGAAGCUGAGUCUCAAUGUGCACUAAAGGAGAUGCAGGAUAAAGUCCUGGAUAUAGAAAAGAGAAACAACUCCUUUCCUGAUGAGAAUAAUGUUGCAAGGCUUCAGGAGGAACUCAUUGCUGUGAAGCUGAGAGAAGCAGAAGCCAUUAUGGGUUUGAAAGAACUUAGACAGCAAGUCAAGGAUUUAGAAGAACACUGGCAGCGCCAUUUAGCUCGUACUACUGGGAGAUGGAAAGACCCACCUAAGAAAAAUGCUGUGAAUGAGUUGCAAGAUGAAUUGAUGACCAUUCGACUUAAAGAAGCUGAAACACAGGCAGAAAUAAGAGAAAUAAAACAAAGAAUGAUGGAAAUGGAGACACAGAACCAGAUCAAUAGUAAUCAUCUUAGAAGAGCAGAACAAGAGGUGGUCAGUCUACAGGAGAAGGUACACUAUCUUUCUGCACAGAACAAAGGACUGCUUACUCAAUUAAGUGAAGCAAAGCGCAAACAAGCAGAGAUUGAAUGCAAGAACAAGGAAGAAGUGAUGGCUGUGAGACUUCGAGAAGCAGAUAGCAUAGCUGCUGUGGCUGAACUGCAGCAGCACAUUGCUGAGCUUGAAAUCCAGAAAGAAGAAGGAAAGCUUCAAGGACAGCUUAACAAGUCUGAUUCUAACCAGUAUAUUAGGGAACUGAAAGAUCAGAUAGCAGAGCUGAAUCAUGAGCUCAGGUGCCUAAAAGGCCAGAGGGGCUUCUCAGGCCAACCUCCUUUUGAUGGAAUUCACAUUGUCAACCAUUUAAUAGGAGAUGAUGAAUCAUUCCAUUCCUCAGAUGAAGAUUUUAUAGAUAACUCCUUACAGGAAAGUGGCAUUGGUUUUCCCUUGCACAGAAAAUCAGGCCCAAUGUCUUUGGACCCCACUGUGGCAGAUGGUAGUGAAAGUGAAACAGAAGACAGUGUGCUGGAGAACAGGGAGAGUCACCGAAGGAUCCAAGAGGAGCGGCCCCCACGAAGAGAGUCACACUCAACCACUGUCUGACCGUCACUGUGACCCAGACUACAGAUUUCUUUAAGGGAUCCAAUUGUCCUAUGAUUAGGGAUUUUUUGGAUUUAUCUGUUUCAUAUGUACAUAUAUAUAUAUAUGUAUAUAUAUACACAUAUAUACAUUUUACAAUCUUAUCUGCCUUUUUUUUAUCUUUGCCAAAUCUUCACCACUGAUUUUCCAUUGCCAUAAAGUUGACUGGAAUAUGGUUAAUGGGUAAAAUAAGGUUCUAACAGUAUUAAAGAACAUUAAUGUUUCUUGUUUAGAAAAUGUAACUAUCUAAAUGUGGGAACCAUUUUGAAGUUCAAAACUAUGGAAAAUUGAAUUUUCUUCAGAUAAAACUGUUCUUGUGCAAUACUUUAUGCUCAGUGAACAAAUUGUAUAUUUGUUUAUCAAUUUGUUUUCAAGGCUAUUUGCAGACAUUUGACCAAGACAUAUAUCUGAUUGAUAUUGUAUUUUUGUGUUUUGGGGAUUUUUUUUUUUUUGGCCACUAAAAUUACUAUUUUAUUAGUGAGCCACUGAGGUUCUUAAACACAAAGCCUUUUUUCCUAUAUAAUUUUAUAAACAAAUUGUUAACUAUUUUCAGAGUUUAAAGUUUUGUUUUAAUUUCUAACUUUUAUGUGCAUAUGGAGGCUUCCAUGUGUCAGUKAUUGGUAAAAGUAGUAAGUUAACUAUAAAUAUAUUGUUAAUUUGUACAUAUUUAUGAAUCUGUAUAUCCAACAUCAAAUAUUAUUUUACAUGAGGAAUAUCAUAUUGCAGAAUGACUUCUUUCAGCAUCCUCACAGAACUUCUGUACAUAGUAGGUCAAAAGAAAACCAGACACUAAUAUUUUAAUAGUUUUAGUAUUUUGCUUAGCAUUCAACACUAGCAUAUUCAUAACUGAUGCCUGUUCAGAAACACUAUUGUUGAAAUCUUUUACUUCAUGUAUAUUAACUAAUACAUUUUUCAUGAUUAAAGAGGUUAUAGCACAUAUUACUUAUGCUGAUAUUCUACUUAAUAUAAUUUAAGCAGUGGACUAAGGUCCAAGAUGCAAAGCAAUUAUAUCUGCAAAUAAUCUAUGAACAUUAUCUUCAAAUUCUCUAGUUUCUAAAUAAUAGAUGAAGCCAUACAAAUCCUACUAAUUCUUCCUUUUCUACCAUUUAGACUUUUUCCUAGAAAACUGAAUGCCUGUCAUUGAUAAAUUAGAAGAACUAUCCAAAUUACACUUACCUGUGGAAAGACAGAAAGAAUGUAUUGACUGGAUACUUUCCACUCUCAUUUUUAUUAGCAGCCUAUGAAAGGAAUAGCCAUAGAGGAUGAGAGGAAAGUAGAAAUCAGUAGUGUGGAAGGACAAUUUUGCACAAUAUGAUGGAAUGGACUUGAAAAGACAAAAGUAGUUUUUGUCUAAAACCAGAAGUUAAGCCUUAAGUUACAUUGUGGACUAGGCUUUUCUAGCAAGGAAAAUAGCUAUUUUUUUGCCUGAGAAAUGCAAUUGAAAACAUGCCUUCUGAGUCCAUUGAACCAAGUUAAAUUCUAAUGGUUAGGUAAUUUUACCUCUUGUCACAAGCUAAUAAUUAACGGAGCCAAGAUUUUAAUCCAGAUCUCUCUGACACUAAAGCAUUUAAAGUGGUCCAGCUAAUAAAUUUCUCAAUUUUCUGCUUUUCUGACAAUAUGAUUUAAGUGAUUUAAUAGAUUUGUAUAUUUUUGAAUAUGCAUACCUAUAGACAUACAUGAAUAUCAGCACUCAUAAGCCCUACAGUUAUGAGUAUAGAUACCACUCCUAGAAUUGGUAUUAUUCCUAAAAUCCUAAAGCUUUGGGGAUUCUUCUUUGGGGUCUAUACUAUCAUUCCAGAAGGUUUCAAUACCCAAGUGAAGAGAGAUGAGUCAUGGUCAUAUUAUUGCCUUGACCCCCACAUCAAGAAAUCUGAAUAAUCUAGACGAAGAGUCAGCAAAGUAUAGCCUGCAAGCUAAUUCUAGUCAUCUUCCAGUUUUUACUUUAGUUGGGGAAAAUUCAAAAGAAUAAUAUUUUAUGUCACAUAAAAGUAGUAUGAAAUUCAGAUUUCAGUGUACAUACGUAAAGUUUGAUUGGAACACAGCUAUCCUUAUCCAUUUGCCAUAUUUUUCUUUUCUUUGCAGUACUGGGGAUUGAA